CCCCCCCCCCUCCCCCCUGUCCUGGCCCCAAAACGCCUCGCCCUGCACCGCCUCGCUGUAACGCGCUGCGUAUCCCUCUCUUCUCCUCUUCCCGUCUUUCCCCCCCCCCUGCACUGCCCCCUCCCCCCUGACACAAUGGCCCAGGGUACCAAGGCUCUUCGGAGUGUCAACCGCGCGGCCAAGAGCCGUGCCCAGAUCGCCAAGAUCCGCAGCACCAAGCCCGGCAUCCGUGUUAUCGCCCCCAAGAAGGCCAAUGUUGUGGCCGCCACCAAGGUCCAGAAGAAACUGAGUGCCGCCAUCCAUCGCCAGAUCGAGACCUCCCUGGCCGCGCGUGUGUCUGCCGGCUCGGUGAAGCCCCUGCGCGUGGUCAAGACUUCGGACAGCGCUGCGCUGGCUCGCGAGCAGGCCCGCCCGGCCACUGCCCUGCAGCGCCUGCGUGGUGGUGCCAAGAUUGGCGGUCGUAAGUGAGCGUCCGACGUGGCCGCCCCCGGCCCGGGCCGCCUCCCAUCCUUUCCUGUCCCUCGGCUCCCCCCUUGGCUCCGCCUGUGUGUGCAUUCUUGCCACGCUCUGUAUACUAGACCCCCUUGGACCCA